GGCUCUAGACAGCAGACAUAUAGGAACAUGUGCAGCAUGCUAAGAUAAGAUCAGAGACGUCCCAGUCAGUAAAUGUCAAAGACUAGACAAGAGAGGCACAAACAGCAUUUGUGUACAAGGAAAGAAAGUCGGUUCGUGGUGUUUUGUGGAAUCCCCUGCUCCUGGAAAUACUACUGAAGCAGAAGCAGGACAUUUGCAGCACGGUGACUGGACUUGCAGAAGCCCUGCCUGAGUACACUCUGUGAAAGCCGGGGAAUGAUGAUGCAUAGUAUGCUGUAGUCGCUGUGGGUCUUUGGUUGUUCCUCAUUUCGGAGUUGAGGUCAGUGCACAGUGGAGAUAUGCCCCCCCACUCACUCAGCACACGCGCUCAGACGCAUGCAUGCACACACAAACACACACGCGCACUCAGAGUCGCGCAAACUCUCGUGUUCCUGUACAAGACGUAGACCUUCGGAAGACCACAAGAGAAGCUAAAAGAGAGAGAAAGUACAGUCAACUGUAGGAAGGACAGCAGGAACUUGCAGUUGCCUUCAGCUGAGGACGUGUCAGGCUCGAGUACAGUCGGCGAACGACCGACCACCAGCCAGUCAGCCACCCAGCCACCCACCCAACCCUCCCGCCAUGGACUCUUCUUCGAGUGGAGCAGAGGGCCUGCCACCCGCCCUGCCAGCCAAACAACGCAGGAGUCUGUACUCUCGAAGCUACAGCACCAGCUCUGUUGAACGGAAGUCCAGAUCAAUCUCCAUGGUCUUCCCCUCUCCGCUCCCCUCCCCUGACUUGACCUCCGGCUCAGUCUCUCUCCCCACCUCGCCUUCCUGUGAUUGCUUCGCACCGCAGUGUCCCAUACACCACCGCUAUGAACAUUCUGAUUGCCACCAGGAGAGGUAUUUCUCAGAGAACACCCCUCCCCCUGUUCCCAAAAAGAGACUGGCCCGCACCAUGUCCCUGCCAGAGGGGUUCCCUGGCUCCUCUUACACCCGUCCUACCCACCUGCCUCAGUUCAACCCUCUAUCCAGGUUGUCCCCUCUCGAGGAUGCCGUGUUUGAGCCAGGCUGUAGUGUCGAAGAGGAGGCUUCUGAGGCCCAGCUGGACAUCCUGUCUCCGCCCCAACUCCCUCAGCUGGGCUUCGACACUCCAGAUGAGCAGCUUCCCUGCUUCUUCUCGAACCUUGGCCACCAGGCGCAGGUGUCUGAGAAGCUCCAACAGCGCCUCCUGCUGUUCCUGCGGAGUACUGUGGAGAAGAUAGAGAAAGGGGUCGGGACAGCGGGGGCCAGCCUGGGGCAGAUCCAGCCCCAGGACCUCAUGCUGUGCCAGGAUGACCUGUUCCUGAAUGCUCAGGACGGGGUACAGCACUACAGAGUGAGAUGCCCCAGUCUGCAUGGACAGGAGUUUGAUAUCAAGGUGAGCACAGAGUCAGGCAACGCAAUUUCACCUUUACUUCAGUAUCCCCACGCCAAUGUUCAACAGAUGCUAAGUCAUUUCUCAGGUGUUUCAGUUAAAGCGCUACUCCUGGCACCAGAGAGGGAAAUAGGAACUUUGGCCCCAGAUUGGCCACAAGGGGGCAGCAGUCAGGCAGAAAUGCAAAGAGAGCCCUCAGUCCUGUCUCUGCUCAAACAGGAUUACCAUGUCACGGUCAGCAGAGACGUGACUCAGGGCGACCUGGAGCAGUUUGUGCUGGAGGGGAGAGCUCUCCACAGCAGUCACCCUGAGGUGUACCACAGGCGGCUAGCCCUCCUGCUGCUUCAGGUGACCCAGGCUCUCCUGCACCUGCAGACACAUGGCAUUCAGGUGGCUGACCUGGACCCACAUAGCAUCCGUCUGUCCUGGGCUGAAAAUGACAGUGGCAGGCUGAAGCUGAAGACGAGGGGGAUUGAGGAGCCACAGGAGAGUAGUGAAGGAGUGAACAAAAGAAAGAACAACUGUGAGAGGAAGAACACAGUGGAAAAGCAGAAGAAUGAGCUUUUGGGGAACCUUGAGAACCUCUGGAUGACGUGGGGGACCCCUCGAGUGGUGUUGACCUUAUUAAGCCCUUCCACAACCAAACCAUCUCAACCAGUCACCUCACACCAGAUUCAGCUGGGCCGGCUGCUUCAGCACUGUCUGCACCUCCCAGAGACCCAGAAGAGCUGCACCAACAGCCUACCAAACUCCCCCUACUCCGAGGGCCUCCUCUGCCUCCUUUCCCAGCUCAUCGUUCCAGAGCACCAGCUGCAAAUGACCGACACAGUGCCCUUCCUCCAGGCUCUGCUCUGGGGCCCACGGGCCUCUCUCUUCCAGCACAGUCUCCCUGACCCCACCACUGUCCACAACUGGCUGCUGGUCAAACGCUCCCUCCUGCUUCUCAAGCUGGCCGAGAGAGGCCUGUUCUCAGAUCAGUCUUCUGCGGACUGGGAGGAUUACCUCUGCCUUCAGUACUUCAGCCUCACUGAUCCCCAUACGGUGCUUAAUGCCACUGCGAAACUGGGCCUCCACCACUCAGAGAUAUGAGACUGGCUGGGUUUGGUGCUCCUGUUGUGAUAAGUGCCAUUGCUUCUCUCCCACUGGUCUCCUCAAUGAAUGUGACGAAGUUUCAAAUAAGCUUUUCCUGGAAGGAGCUUCCAGGAUAUGAAAUGUCAUAAGAAUGCUACAAAAUUGAGUAAAUAGGUGAACCAAGGCCAUGUUGGAUGUUCAUUCGUUUGUUUUUUUAACAUUCUUCAGAGUUUGAAGAUUCAUGCUCUACAGACAGUUGCUACGUUCAAUUAUUAAUAACUGAACAGACAAGUGCUGUGGUUCAGUAUUUUUUUCUUCCUGAAACAGCGAUUAAAGGAUUGGUAAAAAAUUAAAGAAA